GUUCAUUCCAAUUGUCAAUUGAAGUUCGUCAAUUUUUCCAUGACUGGAAGAAGUAUCUGGUGUCCUUUUGGAACUUGUUUGAUCUCUGUGUUUACAUUUUUCCAAUCGCGACAGCGAUCUCGUUGUUAAAAGAUGGAUCGGCACCUGUGUGGGCACUAGCAAUUUCCAAUUUUCUGCUAGAUAUCAAAUUCCUACUGUUUUUCAGAGUCUUUAAGAGUUUCAGCGGCUACUUUGAAAUAUUCUUUGGAGUUGCGAAGAGUCUUGUAUCAUUUUUCGUGGUUUUGACAUUAAUUUUUCUCGCAUAUUACCAUGCAUUAUAUGUAAUAAUUGAAGAGGACAGCGAAAACUCGGCAACAUGGAACAAUCCGAUGAUAAUAAUUUUCUUUGGAUUGGUUGGCAUUUUCACAAUUACUUAUCUCUCGAGUCUCCUCAUCAGGUUACUGAACGAAGAAGUACAUCACGCCAAGGAACGCGAGUCAUUUCUCGCUUACAAGAUUAUGUUAUUCAUCCUCACAUCAAGCUAUUAUACGGCCGAUGCGGAAUAA